UUUCAGGUAAAGAGAAACUGAAGUGCAGUUGAGCUGUUGUGUGUUUGUCUCUCUGUAUUCAAGCAGUAAAAUGGCAGAAGCCAGAGUUUCUCAGGAUGAGUUCAUGUGUGCAGUGUGUCUGGAUCUGCUGAAGGAUCCAGUGACCACUUCCUGUGGACACAGUUACUGUAAGAUCUGUAUUACAGACUGCUGGGAUCAGGAGGAUCAGAAGAGAGUCUACAGCUGUCCUCAGUGCAGACAGACCUUCAGUCCAAGACCUGCUUUAUCUAGAAACACCAUGCUGGCUGAAGUGGUGGAGAAACUGAAGAAGACCAGACUCUCUGAUGACUGUUACGCUGGAGCUGGAGAUGUGCAGUGUGACGUCUGUACUGGAAGAAAAUACAGAGCCGUCAAGUCCUGUCUGGUGUGUCUGAACUCUUACUGUCAGAAUCACCUCGAACAACAUGAGAGUUUCUUUAGAGGAAAGAGACACAAUCUGACUGAAGCCACUGGACGACUGCAGGAGAUGAUCUGCCAGAAACAUGAGAAGAUCCUCGAGGUUUUCUGUCGCACUGAUCAGAAAUGUAUAUGUAUGAUGUGUACAGUUAUUGAACAUAAAAACCACGACAUUGUAUCAGCUGCAGAUCAGAGGACAGAGAAACAGAAGCAGCUGAAGGAGACUCAGAAGACGCUCCAGCAGAGAAUCCAGCAGAGAGAGAAAGAUCUCCAGUGGCUGAGAGAGACUGUGGAGUCUCAUAAGCGCUCUGCACAGACAGCAGUGGAGGACAGUGAGAGGAUCUUUACUGAGCUCAUCCGCUCCAUUGAGAGAAGCCGCUCUGAGCUGAUACGACUGAUCAGAGAUCAGGAAAAGACUGCAGUGAGUCGAGCUGAAGAACGACUGGAGCGACUGGAGCAGGAGAUCAAUGAUCUGAGGAGGAGAGACGCUGAGCUGGAGCAGCUUUCACACACACAGGAUCACAUCCAGUUCCUGCAGAGUUUCCAGUCUCUCUCAGCACCUCCUGAAUCUACAGACGUAAAUGAUGAUCUCUUCAGUUCUCUCUUCUCUUCUGAUGAUCUGAGAGAAUCUGUCCAUCAGCUGAGAGACAAACUGGAGGAUUUCUGCAAAGAGCAGCUCAAGAAGAUCUCAGACAGAGUCACAUUCACCAGCAUUGAUCUCUGGACCAGGAAGGACUUCCUACAAUGUAAGUCAGUAAGAAAACCAGCAGAAAACUCUCUGAGAGUCUUCAUGUUCUUCCUGUAGAAGGAGAAAGAAGAGUUUUAUAACUGAUGAUGUAAAUGAUGAUGUGCACAGAUAUCUGUUCAUCUGUACUGAGACACUGAUGAUACACUGAACAUGAAAAGAUCAAACAGAUUCAUAAUUCCUGAUUCUGAUGUGUUUUAUCUCCAUCAGAUUCCCAUCGGCUCACUCCGGAUCUGAACACAGUGAAUGAAUUCCUCCGUCUGUCUGAGAACAACAGAAUGAUUACUGAGACUGACACAGUUCAGUCGUAUCCUGAUCAUCCAGACAGAUUUGAUAAUGUGUUUCAGGUGUUGUGUAGAGAGAGUGUGUGUGGACGCUGUUACUGGGAGAUUGAGUGGAGUGGGAUUAAUGUGUGUAUAUCAGUGUCAUAUAAGAGCAUCAGCAGGAAGGGAGGUAAAGAGUGUGUGUUUGGAUCUAAUGAUCAGUCCUGGAGUUUGAUCUGCUCUCCCCUCAGUUACUCAUUCAAACACAAUAACAUAGAGACUGAUCUCUCUGUGAAGUCCAUCAGCAGCAGAAUAGGAGUGUUUGUGGAUCACAGAGCAGGAACUCUGUCCUUCUACAGCGUCUCUGACACAAUGAGCCUCAUCCACACAGUCCACACCACAUUCACUCAGACGCUCUAUCCUGGGUUUAGUGUUUGGUUUGGAUCAUCAGUGAAACUGUGUUGAUGAAUCAGAAUAGACUGAUGAGAGAUUCUACCCAUAAUGCUUUGAGCUGCAUGAUGAAUCAGUAACAGUGAGAUGUUUCCUAAUGUAAAAAUGGGUGCCACCAUUUUAUAUGGGUUUAGCUUUCGGUCUCUUUGCAUCCAGCUAUUUUUAUCUGUACAAAUUCUAGUACAGAAUAGAGUCUCUUCUUUUCUCUUCAUGACAUUAAUACCGCAGCUGAACUUCUGUGAAAUAACAGUCAGAAUAAAUGUGUAAUAAAUCCUCAUACAGACAGAAUAGCAGCACACUUCCUG